UGGCCCUUAACACCAACAAUAACAAGAAAAAGAAAGCCAGAGAAACAUUGUCUUCUGAAGUUAAUGUUUAAAACACAGCAACAAUGAAGUGUGUUAUACCGGGAGUUAAUAUUAAAGUUUUUGGAAGAGCCAUUCAUUCGCUGGCAAAAAUUGGGGAUGAAUUAUAUAUUGAACCACAUUCUACAGGAGUUUCCUUCCGUACUGUCAACUCAUCUCGAUCAGCGUUUGCUUCAUUUCACUUUGACAGUAGAUUCUUCUCUCAUUUUGAUGAUGGUUUGGUUAGUCAGCAACCAGAUGCCGAGGAUGAGACUGUUAAGUGCAAAGUCAGUAUGAAGGCUUUUAUAAGUGUUUUCAAGUCCCUUGCUGCUCUGGAGAGGACUGUAGAAAAAUGCAAAUUGGUAUUGGAUGGAGAAGACGCCAAGUUAGGAGUUCAACUCACAUGUCGUCAUGGAAUAGUUAAAUCGUGCACUUUGUCUUUCAUUGAAUGCGAAACUUUGCAGGCUGUGUAUGACAAGGAUUCCUGCACCACCCACAUCCAUAGUCAAGCUCGGGUUCUCAGUGAUGCUGUUCUCAAUUUCCAGCUUAGCCAGGAGGAAGUUACUCUCUCUGUCUCACCUCGGAAAACUAUUCUCAGAAACUAUGUUGAUGAUGAACCUGACCCUGGUAAAGCUAUUCACACAAUGCUUACACUGCAGUCAGAAGAAUUUGAUGUCUAUGACAUAUCUGGUGAUUGUGAGGUUACAUUCUGCCUCAAGGAACUUAGAGCAGUUCUUACAUUCGCUGAACCUGUUAAUCUUCCUAUUACUUCACAUUUUUCUGACCCAGGAAGCCCAAUCAUAUUCUGUGUUAACAACAGUCCCAUGUUUGAAGGAAUAUUUGUCUUAGCAACUCUGUCUCAGAAGCCAGACACACAAGUCUCUGGGAGUCAUGCCCUAGGCAGGCGAACACCUCAGUCAGUACAUAAGAGAAAUGAUCCUGAGUCACCCUCAUGCUCGCAGGCACCCUCUGCUAUGAAUAGAACAGUGCAGUCCAUUAAUGAAUCACUUCGGGUUGAGUCGCCAACUGUUAGAAGACCACAGAAAACUAAUGAUAUUCCUAGGAGUGUUUAUGAAAAUAGAGAAACUGUAUCUUCAGCUUGUACCUCUGCAACCCAUGACAAGGCAAAUCCUCAGAAGAAUAAUGAGGCCAUACCACUUUCAUCAUCAAUGCAACACAGACAUGCUAGCAACAUCAAUGGCAGUGUAUCCCAGCCUGAGAUAUCUCUACUAAGGUUAGAGGCAAAUAAUAUGGCAGCAGAAGAGGAGGAAGAGGAGGUCAUACCAGGAACUCCACCUCCAAGAAAUUCAGAUUCUUCUUUCGUCCAUGCUUUGAGUCCACAUUUGAUCCUCUAACACUUUUUGAACCAGACAAAAUCUUAGCAGAAGACUCAGAUGAUGAUUCAUGAGUAUAAUUUUAACAGUAAUUCAUGAAUCAAAUAUUUCUGGCAUGGAGCACAGUGUUAAACAAAGUAUAUUUUGUUCAUACCAGUAAAUAGUUUGAAUGAAGGAUGACUUAUUAGUGAGCAACUGCUUGUUGCUGAUGCUGAUUCCUCACAGAAACAGAUUGUAAAAUGAGGAUAACAUUCCUUGCACGAAAAUAUUUUUGGUGCUGCCAGUGAGUCUUGAAGAAAUACACCGUUGCGAGUGAGAUAGUGCAUGGGAAUCAUAUGUUAGCUAACAUACUCAAACUUUUUUAAACUGUGUUUAUUUUGUAUUGAGGUCAUCCUAGUUAGUUUAAUAUCUUUAAUAUGCACCCUAUACCCAUCCUGUGGGCAGUAGUCAAAAAAUUCCAGAGGCAUACAGUGGGUCCAGGAACUGGGCUACAAAGUUUUGAUAGUUACUAAACAAGUUAAAGUGGUAAUGAACGAUUUGUAAACAUGUUUAUAUCAUCCUGUUGAUAAAAUAUUGAAUGAUUGCUUUAAAUUGUACAAACCUUCAGGGUGAGACAUUUCAGAUAUGACCUACUUAAGGUUGGUAGUGAAUGAUAACUAGUAAGAGAAAUGGGCAUUUAUAUAUUAUUGAUGAGGGAAGGAGCACUGCAUGAAUAAAGUAAGUCUAUUUUUGGUUCCAUUAUUGUUUUAUUUUUUAACUCGUUUGCCAUCUCUCACCAAGGCAGGGUGACCCAAAGAAGAAACUUGCACAACGAUUCAUUCAGUUAGUAUGUUUCCAGAAGUGUGCUGACAACAAAAUUAGAGUAUCCUCUGACUGUCACAUCCCCACCUCUUCAGCUUACAGGGACUUUCCUUCCUAACUCCUGGGCUCAAGUCCAACUAACUGGUUUCCCUGAAUCCCUUCCUAAGUUACCUUGCUUACACUCCAACAGCAUUCCCAUUAAAAUCCACUUGUCUUUAUUCACUACUGUCUAAUUUGUUUACACAAGCCUGCUAGAUGCUCAAGUCCCUAAAACUCAGUCUCUUUUACUCCCUCCUACCAUUCCUGGGACUAUCUCUCCCUCCUACCUUUCACUCCAGAUUUGUAAGCAGCAUUCAUCAUCCUAUCCCUCUCCAUUCUUUCUACAUGAUCAAACUACCUCAUAACCCCUCCUCAUACCUCUGAAUUAUACUACCUCACAUCGCCUUUUAAUUUCAAUCCUCUGAGUUCUAUGCAAGAUAUCCACACAUUGUUCUCAAACAUGACAUCUCCACUGCCUCUAGCCUUCUUGCUGAGGCAUUCAAAACCCAUGCUUUACGUCCAUAUAAAAGUGUUGCCGCAUCCCUUUUUGCCUCCAUAGAUAGACUUCCUUCUUUCCACAAAUAGGCCGGCACACCACCCACCUUCUUCCCCCCAUACUCAUUUAUUCUCUGGUCACUUUAUCUUUCAUAGACCCUUCUGCUGACAUGUCCACUCCCAGAUAUCUAAAUGUAUCCAUUUCCUUCAUACUUUGUCCCUCCAAUCUGAUAUUCAGUCUUUCCUUACCUAGACUUUUUUUGUUACCCCUCAUCACCUUGCUCUUAUCUGCCUUCACUUUCAGUUGCCUUCUUUUACAUUACCUCCCAAAUUCGUGCACCAGCCUUUAUAACUUUUCUUCAAAAUCACCCUAAAAGAACUGUCAUUAGCAAAGAGCUGCUGGGAUAACUCCCACUUUACAUCAGGUCCAACACCUUUCAAUCCCAUACCAUGGUAACACCACACAUCCAUUAUUAGUAGGCAUAAUUUGUAAUGUUUUAUCAAAAGACAUUGUAAAUUAAUUGUAAUUUACUUAGUAAUACAGUAUUCAUGUACAGUACACUCCAAAAUGUUCAUGUAAACUACUGUUUUGUCGAAUAAUGUGAUAAUAUAUACAACAUUAAUAAAUUUUCUUAACUGAUAUAUAUAAAAAAUUUUAAUGUUUAUUUUUUCUUUUUCAACAAACUGGCCACAUCCCACCAAGGCAGGGUGGCUCAAAAAGAAAAAUGAAAGUUUCUCUUGUUAAAUUUAGUAAUUUAUACAAGAGAAGGGGUUACUAGCCCCUUGCCCUCUUGAUUAAAUAGCUGAAACAAAAACUAGGAGAAAUAUGCAGAAAAUUUUAAUAAAUUGAUUUGGGACUAUGGUUUAAAAAAAAUAAUAUAGAAUUAUCAUAACAUAAGAGAGUAGGGGAGGAGAGAGAGCUUGAAAUGUGAUUAUAACUGCUUUCUGGACACCCACCCCACCAGAAUUCCUAUUUUAUUUUUUUUUUUCCUAUUCCUGCCUCAUACACUUACCAUGUAAAAGCUACUUCUGAGCAUACAACACCCACCCCACCAGAAUUUCUAUUUUUUUUUUCUAUUCCUGCCUCAUACACUUAUCAUGUAAAAGCUACUUCUGAGGAUACAAAGAGAAAAAAGGAGGCACUUAUUUCUAAAUUAAGAAAUUGCUCUACAGGAAACUUGGUUGAUGUUCCUAUGCAUGAAAGGCAUCAGGAAAUAGAGUAGGAACACUGACCACACAUGGAAUGAGCUCCUACUUGCCCACUCCACCAGCAUUGGUGUUUUUCAUUCUUUCCCCUGCACUUGCAGCGCUGUAUAGCCCUUGUGGUUUAGCGCUUCUUUUUUAUUAUAAUAAUAAUAAUUCCCAUGCACUUAAAAUGAUACAUCUGUGGGUAUGAGAAAAGAGCUCUACCUAGCAAGGUAUCUGGUAUUUGGCAAUAAUUACUAAUGUGAUCUGUUCAGUGUAAGUAUAAAAGAAACUUGUGCAAUGUUAGGUAAUUUUAUUAUGGACUGAUAAAACCCAUAGUAGGUGAAACAUUUUUCAUUAUAAAUUUACUUAACAUUGCAUUGGUGUUUCUUUUAAUGCAUUUGUUGAUAUUGUAUGCCUUGUUUGGACAAAA